CAUAAUGAUAAAUGAGAUGAAAUAAGAGAGUAUAUAUUAAUAUAAUCCACCGCCACAUUUUUGAUUUCUAGGUCUUUGAUUUAUUUAUAUACAUAAAUACAUAUAAACAUACAUACGAUUACAAUACGCCGCGGUCAAAGUUUCAUAUCAUAUCAGAACAUAUCAUAUCGAACGCAAUUCGUAGAUUCAAUCAGAUAUAAUCAACCCGUCAAACGGCCUAGAACUACCAAUCAUGCCUUCAGUUAUCGAAUCCAUCAAUAACCUCAUUGCCUCCAUCCUCAACACCAUCAUGGCAACCUUCAAUUCUAUCAUGGCUGUUUUCCAAUCAAUCUUCAAUAUGAUCCUCAGUAUCAUUAAUGCAUUUUUCGGUGCGCUCAGUUCGGCUGUUACUACUAUUGUGCAGACUUUCGAGGGAUUGGUUAGCUUUUUCUUGAGUAAGUUUUAUAAACUUUCAUUUUGUUCGCUUGUCGAUCCUUCUGGAAUGUGUUGAAGUUGAAGAAAUGAUUGUGAAGUGAGAGAAAAGUAAAAUAAUAGAAUCUUUACUAAUCUUCCUCUGCAAAUAGACAAUAUAGUUGUAAUCGGUGCGCUCGCCGCCGCAUUCUUCGCAUACACAGUUUAUCAACAACGUCAAGGACGAGCUGUGGCUCCGGCACCAAGCAGCAACAAGAAGACUUCUUGAGCUCUCUCGCUCUCUCUCUCAAACUUUUAUCGUGGGAAUGUGGCGUGAGAGAAAUAAAUUGCGAGGAAACAUAUGCUAGGAACUUCCAAACAGGAAAUAGGACGAUUGAUGGAUGGAGAUGAAUGAUAUUAUAGUAAAGGAAGGAAAGGAUAAAAACGGAUAAGGAAUGAAAAAGGACGGUUCAUUUGCAGGAUAUGUUUAUGAUACCUCAGUUUAUAGUACUUGGCAAUAAAAUUGCUGAAACAAGUAUCUGCAACGAUGAUCAAUAUCUUAUAG